GCAGUCACACUGGUCGCGUCGUUUUGGUGAAAUCGAGUGAGAGGAUGUGUCUCUGUUUUUAGUUUGUUAAAAUACAUGAAAAAUAUGUGUAGUCCCUGAAAGCAUAGCCUUUAAGCGUAGGGUAGUUAAACGGGUCGGUGUGGGGUCAGAAAUUACAAAUUUCCAAUCACUCGCAACAACGCUCUUCGCGCAUAAGCAAACCGAUAUAAUAAUAGACCUACCAACACAAACAAACACACACGGCCAGAAGUUCGUUGGCGUUGAAAGGAAAAAUAACGAAAAGAAAGGAAAAUAAAAGUGCAAUAGAUUCGGUUUACAUUGUGCAAAAAUCGAAGUAGCCCCUGCCAACAGGGUCGCUAAAAAUAAAGACGGCGACAGCCUCUGUUUAUCGUUGGGAAUAAACAAAUAACCAGCGGAGAAUCAUAACAAAAGCGCAAGACUAACCAGCAUAAAAGACAAAGGAGCCCCCUUUUUGGGGUUGAAAACCCCUCUUUUUAGAUAGCGGACUAGGAUCGCCACGACUAUGAAAUACCCUGCAAUCUAGCUUACACAGAUAAAGUUACGAAAAAAAUGCCUUGCGACAACGCCAAAACCUCUUCGGAUAUCGAGCAUGUGGAUUGGAACUCCGGCCAGCACUAUGCAAAUGUCAGAUUCGGAUCGGGCAGCAGCCAGGCCUCGCAGAACAGCGGCGACAUCUGCCGCAUCUGCCACUGCGAGAGUGAUCCGCAGAACCCGCUGCUCACGCCGUGCUACUGCUCCGGGAGUCUGAAGUACGUGCACCAGGCCUGCCUGCAGCAAUGGCUCACCGCCUCCGAGACCAACUCCUGCGAGCUCUGCAAAUUCCCCUUCAUCAUGCACACGAAGAUCAAGCCCUUCAACGAGUGGCGCAGCCUUGACAUCUCCGGCAUUGAAAGGCGGCGGCUGUGCUGCUCCGUGCUGUUCCACUGUGCCGCCGCCCUGUGCGUCAUCUGGUCGCUCUGUGUGCUCAUCGAGCGGGCCGCCGACGAUGUGCAACGUGGCCUAAUAGACUGGCCCUUCUGGACAAAGCUGGCCGUUGUCACCGUCGGCCUCACCGGCGGCAUCGUCUUCAUGUACAUCCAGUGCAAGGCAUAUCUCCAUCUCUGUCACCGCUGGAAGGCACGCAACAGAAUUCUGCUGAUUCAGAAUGCGCCGGAAAAGAUUCACCCCCUGGCACCGCCAUCCCCAGUGGCCGCCCAUCAUCAGCACUUCAGUGAGCCGUUGGCUCAUGCCGGUUCGGCCAGCGGAGCGGUUGAAAUAAAUGCCUCCGGUGCGGCCGGAGGACACUGUGCCCACGAGGCGAGCUGUGCUUCGAUGGAAAACGGUGGCGGCGCCGCGGGUUUGGGCCUGCAUCAGCAGAUGCAGCGCCUUCUGAACGCAUCGCCGCAUCAUAUGUUGCAAAUGGCAGCCGAACUGGAGGUGCCACACAGCAGCAGCAGUGCCUGCACGCAGACGGAGGACGGACAUGGCCACCAGCGGCACCACCAGCAGAUGCAGCAGAGUGGCCAGCAACUGGGCCAAGUGGCGGUGGCCGCCAAUAUCGAGUGCUCGCAGUCGCAGCACAACUACGACCGCGACUGGGCCCUCGAUGACGUUGUCUCACAGAUCUCCUCAUUCCGGCCCUGUCCCCAGGGAUCGGGCAGCAUGACACCCUUCCACGAUUCCAUACACAACGUGCUGGAGCACUCGGAGGGCUCUAGUCGCGGCUCGGCCACGGAUCUGUGUGCCGGAUCACGGCAGGAUCUCAGUGCCAGCGGCAUCUCGACGGACACAGGCCGCGAACAUGCCCUGCAAUUGAGCAGCUUCAGUGGCAGUGGCGAACACAAGGCGCCGUCCAUCAGUUCAGGAGUAUCACAUGCGGUGGCCAAUGGACUCGGUGGAUUCGUUUACAAGCCGCACCAGACAAAGCGCUACUCCAACUCGUCCAUCUUUCUGGAGAACCGCGAUGUGCUGAGCGACCAGACGAGUGUGGGUCCAGACACUGCCGUACAUCCCUACGAUUACAGCACGCCGCCAAAGAUCGACUACCGCCACUCGGGCAUGAUGAGCGUAGAUUUACCUAUUGGCUGCUGCACCACCGACUGUUUGGGUGGUCAGCAGCCGAAGGAGGAGCUUCGCCGCUACUCGGAUCCCAAGCUGAAGCCCGGCGAGGCGGAUACCGUGCUGGAUAUCGAUCUGCCCACAUCGCCACUAUCGCCCCCGGCCGCCUACGCUUGCCAGCAGAAGCAGCAUCCACAGCAUCCGCUUGUGAUCUCCUCAUCCUUUGACCGGGGAGUUGAUGGGGUCAGUGGCAGCAAGAGCAGCCGGGGUCAUGGUUCUGCGGACGCCCAGGUGGAUCGAUCGCGGCUCAGUUUCAAGUCGUUGCCAAAUCUCAGCAGCAGCUGCGAAAGUCUUCUCCAGAAGUGAGAUCCACUAUGAUCUGCGUGCUCUCUCUGCCCCCCUUGAAACCCUCUGCUCUCAAGUAUUCACCGCUGGUCGACGGGGACCCCGAGAUCCACAUAGAAAGUAAAAAGGAAAUACUAUUUUUUAUACCGCACACCAAGGGGCUUCAAAAGCCAGAACAGAUCGUGGCCAGCGGCCCAACAAUCCCUAUGUUCUCCUCUUUAUAUAGCAAAACCCAUAAACAAUUGAGACUGCAAUGAUUAAAACAAAACACAAAACAAAAAAAGAAAACAAAUAUGUAGAAUCCCCCGGCAGUUUGGAAUCUAGAUUUAGCCGCUAAAUCGAUGUAUAAUUUAUCCUGUAUUCGUGUAAUGCUAUCAUCCAGCCUCUCUGAUUCCAUAUAUAUAUGUCUGUUCAGCAAGUUGUCCAUGCCAAAAAGCCCAAAAACCAACCAGAGACAGUAAUUAUUUAGUCCAAGCGUAGAGUGUGUGUUUUGUUUCUUAACUUCUAAGUCAAAUGAAAUUUUAAAAAAUUGAUCUGUGAUUAAGCGUCAUUGAAUAUACAUACAUACAUAACAUGCAUAAAUGCAAGCAAAAACAUAUUGACAGCAGCCGCAGCAGUAGAAAAACAAACAUUUUUACUUAACAUCUAACUAAGAUAAAACCAACAACAGCAACAUGACAACCACUAAAAGCUUUUUCGCGGUUAACAGCGAAAGCUCCAUGGAGCCAAGAAAUGAAGAUAUAUCCGUAUCUAAAAACCCCGCUGAGAAAUAUGAAUAAAAGCCGUUUUAGAUAUAGACAUAGCAUAAACAGUAAAUACUUAUGAUCGCUACAAGUUACGAGCAUAAAAACCCAAUAAGAAACCAGAACGGGCAACUAAAUUUUUUAUUAUGUAUUAAAUAUUUAAAUAAAUAUGUGCAAACAAUUGAUUAAAUUAGA